GAACUUGAGGUCCUUAAAACUUCUGUGGACACGGACAACAUUUAUGAGGACGUCCUCCUCCAAAUGCUGGACAAGGAAGUCACCAAAGUGGUGUCAGAAGCAGCCAUUCUGCAGAGGUACAACUUGUGCAACGACACCCCAGACCUGCUGGGACAUUCCAGCCGCUCCAGCCUGGCCUCACUCUCCCUCUCUGCACCACAAAGUCCUGACCGAGACUUCAUUUCCACGCGCACCAGCGAGGGGCGGCCUACCGUUUCAUCCGACAUCCCCAAACACCAAGACGGGGACGUGGCCCCCAAGGCGCCCGGUGACGGAGAUCACAUGACCUCACAGGAGGACACCCACGCUUCCAGUCCCAGUCCGACACGGCCAGCGGUGGAAAUGUCCACAGCGGAUGUUGGCUCCAACCCAAAAGAUGAGGAUGGAAAACAGGAGACGCACAAAGACGCACGACUCCACGCUCAACACAGCCAGACCUUAGACCAGGCCGCUCCUAAGUCCCAAAACCUGGUGGAGGUAAAUGCCUUGAAGAGUCCCACACCUCAAGUUCGCACUGAAAUGACCACCUGUCUCAUCCACACUCAUGCUGAAACUGCUGAAUCAGCUAGAAUUGCUGAAACUGCUGAAUCAGCUAAAAUUGCUGAAACUGCUGAAUCAGCUAGAAUUGCUGAAACUGCUGAAUCAGCUAAAAUUGCUGAAACUGCUGAAUCAGCUAGAAUUGCUGAAACUGCUGAAUCUGCUGAAACUGCUAAAAUUGUUGAAACUGCUAAAUCUGCUGAAACUACUAAAUCAGCUAAAGUUGCGGAAACUGCUAAAUCAGCUGAAACUGCUCAAAUUGUUGAAACUGCUAAAUCUGCUGAAACUACUAAAUCAGCUAAAGUUGCGGAAACUGCUAAAUCUGCUGAAACUGCUAAAAUUGUUGAAACUGCUAAAUCUGCUGAAACUACUAAAUCAGCUAAAGUUGCGGAAACUGCUAAAUCUGCUGAAACUGCUAAAAUUGUUGAAACUGCUAAAUCUGCUGAAACUACUAAAUCAGCUAAAGUUGCGGAAACUGCUAAAUCUGCUGAAACUGCUAAAAUUGUUGAAACUGCUAAAUCUGCUGAAACUACUAAAUCAGCUAAAGUUGCGGAAACUGCUAAAUCUGCUGAAACUGCUAAAAUUGUUGAAACUGCUAAAUCUGCUGAAACUACUAAAUCAGCUAAAUCUGCUGAAACUACUAAAAUUUCUGAAACUGAUCAAUCUGCUGAAACUGAUAAAUCAGCUAAAAUUGCUGAAACUGCUAAAUCUGCCGAAACGGCUGAAUCAGUUAAAACUGCUGACUCAGCUCAAGGUCCAGAAGUUGGUGAAACUGCUAAAAGUGCUGAAUCGGCAAAAUCUGCUGGGGUUUUUAAAGUUGCUGAAGUUGCUGAAUCGGCAAAAUCUGCUGGGGUUUUUAAAGUUGCUGAAGUUGCUGAAUCAGCGGAAGUUGCUGAAUCUUCUAAGUUGUUUGAAACUGCCGCAAUCGGUGAAUCGGCUCAAGGCGCUAAAACUGCACAAGAUGUCAAAGCUGCUAAAUCAGCACAAGCUUCUCAAAUAGCUGAAACGGCCAAAACUGCUGAAUCCGCUCUAAGUAUAGAAGAAGCUGAGGCUCUUAAAAAGGCUGAAGCUGCUAAAACGGCUGCAUCUGGAGAAGCUGCUGAAACUACUGAAGUUGCUAAAACUUCCAAAACUGCUGAAGUUGCUAAAAUUGCUGAAGUUGCUAAAAUUGCUGAAGCUGCUAAAAAGGCUGCAUCUGUAAAAGUUGCUGAAACCGCUGAAGUUGCAAAAAUUGCUGAAGCUGCUAAAACGGCUACACCUGUUGAAGUUGCUGAAACCGCUGAAGCUUCUAAAACUGCCGAAACCGCUGAAGUUGCUAAAAUUGCUGAAGCUACUAAAACAGCUGCAUCUGUAGGAGUUGCUGAAACCGCUGAAGUUGCAAAAAUUGCUGUAGCUGCUAAAAAGGCUGCAUCUGUAGAAGUUGCUGAAACUGCUGAAGCUUCUAUAACUGCCGAAGCUGCUAAAAUUGCUGAAGUUGCUAAAACAGCUGCAUCUGUAGAAGUUGCUGAAACCGCUGAAGUUGCAAAAAUUGCUGAAGCUGCUAAAACGGCUGCAUCUUUGGAAGCUGAUGAAACCGCUGAAGUUGCUCAACCUGCUGAAGCUUCUAAAGCUGCCAAAGCUUGUAAAAGUGCAGAGGUUGCUGGUGGAAGUGGUUGAGGUGGUGAAGCAGUGAGGCCUUCUAGAAGGAGGAAGAAGCUGCUCCUGACUCCCAACUGGCGACGUAUGAAAACAUUCUUGAGUGCUGCUACAAAAUCAGAGUGGGCCUAAAAUGCUUUUUUCCGUUCUAAACAUCCCCAUGAGGAGAUUUCCCAUAAAAAAAAAAAAAAAGAGAGAAAUAAAACAUAUUUAUACACAAUAUCAGAUAUUUCCUGUUUGUACAACCUCAGCUCAUGAUGAAAAUAUAUCUUGUGUGGACUUAAACAUAAACAUUUUCAUACAUUUGUUUUAUUUUGUAAAGAUGGGACAUGCUUAAUUUUCAAAUGAAGGUACAUAUUAAUUCCCUUUUAUUUAGAAAAUAGUUCAGGUUUGAAUCACCCGAUGUGUUUUAAUGUCCUUUGCUCUAAAAUACAUCCAAGGAUAGAGAUGUCUGAUAAUGGCUUUUUUGCCGAUAUUCCGAUAUUGUCCAACUCUUAAUUACCGAUACCGAUAUCAACCGAUGUAUGCAGUGGUGGAAUGAACACAUUAUGCCUAAUUUUGUUGUGAUGCCCUGUUUGAUGCAUGAAACAAUGUAACAAGGUUUUUCAAAAUAAAUCAACUCAAGUUUUGGAAAAAAAAUGCCAA